AUGUCCUCUCCAGGCAAGUAUCUGUCAUUCCAGACGCACUUAUCCCUGACUUCCCUGUUCAAUGUAAAGGGCAAGAUUGUGCUGGUAACUGGCGGAGGAUCAGGUAUAGGGAAGAUGAUCGCCGCCGGGUUCGCUCAGAACGGAGCUAAAGUGUACAUCGCUGCCAGGAAGGAGUCUCAGUUGAAGGAGGCCGUAGCUGAUCUCCAAAAAACAGCCCCCGAAAAGGUUUUGUACAUCGUCGGUAACGUUGCGAGCAAGGCAGGAUGCGACGCCAUCAUAGCCGAAUUCAAGAAACACGAGAACAAACUGCACGUUCUGGUCAACAACUCCGGCAUCACCUGGGGAGGACCAUACGACGACUUCCCCGAGGAGAAAGGGUGGGAUAACGUCUUCAACGUGAACGUCAAGAGUAUCUUCUACAUGACGGCAGGCCUUACGGAACUCCUUGCCAAAGACUCGGACGCUUACGACCCCGGUCGUGUCAUCAACAUCUCUUCGACAGCGUCUGUGGAGCCGGAAAGUGAAGGUGCUUUGAGCAGCGCCGGAAACGGCACAUGGAGUUAUCAGCCUAGUAAAGCCGCAGUGAAUCAGCUGACCUCAUCGUUAGCCGUAAAACUGGGUCCCCGUCAUGUCACGGUAAACGCCAUACUGCCGGGACUGUUCCCAAGUAAAAUGACAGCCUGGGGCUUCAAAACUGUAGGCGACGAAAUCUUUACCGCUAACCAACCGACGGGACGAUAUGGUACACCUCAAGAUAUGGCUGGCCUGGCGCUUUUCCUUGCUUCGCCAGGUUCAUCACACAUUACAGGAACGCAUACACUCCUUGAUGGCGGGUCGAGGUUCGUCGCGCACAGAAUAGCUCCUCAAGUCAAGCUAUGA